UACCUAUAAGCGCUAGAAACAGUCACUUGACAGCAGCGCCUGGUGUUCGACCGUUAAACAAUUUGUCGAUAUUUUCUGCAACUACGUUGUUACAAGGGUAAUUGCACGUCACCGCUGAACAUUAUCGUGGGUAAGAAAGCAACAAAGAAGUAACGCGAUUAAAUCGGGAACUUUUCUUACUGGUACCCUUGUCGCAAACAAAUUGGAAAGUUACACAGCAAAGAUGAAGAUUUUGAUCGCGCUUUGCGCGAUCCUUGCUGUAUCUACAGCAAGAGUAGUUAUUAAUGCUGAGGGUCCAGCAAAUCUUUACCUUUUGGGUCAACAGGAAUGUACAUGGGGACCUUCGUACUGGUGUGAAAAUAUCAAAACUGCAGCAGGCUGUAAUGCAACUGCACAUUGUAUUAAAACGAUAUGGAAGAAUAUGAAAGUACCAGAGGAUAAUGAUAGCGUAUGUAACGUUUGUAUGGACAUGGUUCAGCAAGCUCGUGACCAACUAGAGAGUAAUCAAACCCAGGAGGAUUUAAAAACUGUUUUUGAAGGAAGCUGUAGACUUAUUCGCCUAAAUGUAAUUGUGAAGGAAUGUAUAACAAUUGUAGAUCAAUUUAUCCCAGAACUUAUUGAAACAUUAGCGUCUGAAAUGAAUCCAUCUAUUGUUUGUUCUGUUGCGGGACUUUGUAAUUCUGCUCGUAUGGACAAAUUGUUAAUGGAAUAUGGACAACUUGAAUCUAAGACUAAGGAUGUAAAAUCUCGAUCUUUGGAAAAAGAUGAAUAUGAACCCGAUGAAUGUUCAAAAUGUUAUACAGUAGCAGCUCAUAUGGAACAUAAACUAAAUAAUACUCCACGUGAUAAAGUGUUACAACAAAUGCUUAAUGUAUGUGCAGAACUUGGUACUUACUCAGAUGCUUGUUCAGCUACGAUCUUAACUUACUUUGACACAAUAUAUGCUCAAUUGCAAGAAAGUUUCAAUGCUCAAAAUGUUUGCCAUUUAUCUGGUCAGUGUAGUGGUAAAUUCCACAAACAUGAAGAUGCUGAUAAAACUUUGAAAGUAGAAAUUAGACCACUUUCAAGUGUGGGUAUGGUCGAUGUAAAUGACGACCUGCCAUGCAAAUUAUGUGAACAAUUAGUAGGACAUUUAAGAGAUCUUUUAGUAGCUAAUACUACAGAAGCAGAAUUUAAAGAAGUUCUGAAAGGAUUAUGUAAACAAACCAAAUCAUUUUCUACUGAGUGUCUGGCUAUAGUUGAUGAAUAUUAUCCAGAAAUAUAUGAAUAUCUUACAAAAGGUUUAAAUUCUAAUAUUGUUUGUCAAAUGGGUGGAAUAUGCCCUACCCCAGACAAAGCAUUGCAGAAUGAGCCAAUUUGGCCUUUAGUACCUAAAUCCGCGGCUGCGAUAGGAACACGUAUUUUCCAAAAUGCAAACAAGGCCAUGGAAGCUGAUAAUAGUGAACAUUUGAGUAAAUCAGAAGUUGAAGCAAUGCAAUUGCCUAUUGAAAGAUUGGUACCGUUCUAUCAAUUACAGGGUCUGUCAGACACUAAGAAUAUAGAAGAUGAUAGUAACGAACAAUUGAGUAAAUCAGAAGUUGAAGCAAUGCAAUUGCCUAUUGAAAGAACAGUACCAUUCCCUGUAUCAGGAGGUUUAUUAGACACUAAAGGGACAGAAACAUGUGCGUUAUGCGAAUAUAUAUUACAUUUUAUACAAGAAGCUAUAACGAAUCCUACCACAGAGGAUAAAGUAAAGAAAGUAUUAGGAAAAGUAUGUACGAAAUUACCUGAAUCUAUAGAAAAUCAAUGUACACAGUUUGUCGAUCUUUAUGGAGACGCUAUUGUAGCUAUUUUGGUUCAAGAAAUUGAUCCAUCUCAAAUAUGUCCAAUGUUACACCUGUGUCCAGAUGCAAAGUUGAUGGCACUGUGGCACAGUGUUCCAGCAAAAUAUAUGCUUGAAGAAAAAAAGAGCAAACCUAGUUGUCCACUAUGUUUACUUGCUGUGUCACAAAUUUAUGAAGUUAUAAAAGAUAAUAAGACCGAGGCAAACAUAGAAGCUCAACUGGAUAAGCUAUGUAUUCAUUUGCCACAGAGUUUGGUCGAAGAAUGUACAGAUUUAGUUAAAGGUUAUAGUAAAGAACUUAUAGAGUUAUUGCUGGCUGAUUUAACACCUCAAGAAGUAUGUGUUUAUAUUAAAUUGUGCGAUGCUUCAAAGAAUCCUGGUCCAAGAGAUGAUUUUAUUACGGAUAAAGAUGGUGAAAUUUUAACAAAUGAAAUACCUAAUUCUCCAGCAAGUACUGAAGUGUCAGAAAGUAUACAAGGGCCAUAUUGUGUAAUCUGUGAAUUCACUAUGCAUUAUGUUGACAAAGUACUUGGUAAUGAAAAGGAGAAAAGUAAAGUUGAAAAGGCAGUACUUGGAGUAUGUAAUCAUCUUCCUAAGUCUGUUUCUCGAGAAUGUAACCAAUUCGUUAGUAAAUACGCUUCUGCUGUAAUCGAUGUCCUCACAAAAGAUGUCAAACCAAAGCAAGUUUGCACUAUGCUUGGACUUUGCUCAUUAUACAUACAGGAAAUCAAAGCUUCUGUAACAGAAUGCGCUUUGUGCAAAUCUAUUAUAUCAGUAAUAGAUGAAUUUUUGGACGUACAAGAUGUUGAUAACAGCAUUACGAAAGUAUUGUCUAAUGUAUGUAAACAUUUACCAGCAGACAAAGAACAUAAGUGCACUACGCUUAUUAAUUCCUAUGGGCAAAGCAUAAUAAAUAUUGUCAAGAAGCGCGAAAAUAUUUACAAAAUAUGUAGUAAAAUAGGUCUUUGUGCACCCAAUGAUUAUUCAAUAGUAUCUUUGGAAAAUUCGCGAAUUAAACGAUCGUACGAAAAAAAUCGUAUAAAGCACUGUACAUGGGGCCCUGUCUACUGGUGUUCUACUAAUGAAACAGCUCGCGAAUGUAAGGCUGUUGAACAUUGCAAAGAAAACGUAUGGAAGGCCGAUUUCGCUCCUCCUAAACAAAUCACUUUGAGCGAGACAGAACCUAAUGUUUAAAUUUGAAAUGAAUAAUAAAUUGAACUAUUCUCUGAUUUUUACAUUUUAAGAUGUUUAAUCGUAAUAAUUUUGUUUCCUUACGAUAUUACAUUGAUGAUACUAGAAAUUUAAUGAUAAUUAUUAGCGUUAUAUUGCACGACUUUUUAAGAAUAUAACAUUGUGAUGGCACGAUUAAAAACUUCCAAAACAAUGUCCAUUUAAAAUUUAUGCGUAAUGUAGAAAAUUUAGUAAUAAAUCUAUAAAUAAGCUUUUUACACUAUCACAAGUAUAUUGUCUUUCAACAAUAUUAAGUUCAUAUUUUAUAACAGUUGUAUGUACUAUAAUAUUGAAAAUAUAACUAUGAUUUCAAGUGUAUACAGACCGUAAUUGUCAAUAUACAUAUUAUUAUUAUUACAAAUUGCAUUAAUGUCAACUGUGAUAAUAAAACAAAAUUAAAAUAGUA